UGACGUAUAACCAGGAUUUCCGGGUUGGGAACCGCGGCGGAACCAGGGCUGGAAGAGUCGGGGUCCCGUUGCGGGGCGGCCCGCGGGCCAGGACGGGGAUGCACCGUCGCGGGGUGGGAGCUGGCGCCAUCGCCAAGAAGAAGCUUGCGGAGGCCAAGUAUAAGGAGCGGGGGACCGUCCUGGCCGAGGACCAGCUGAACCAGAUGUCGAAGCAGCUGGACAUGUUCAAGACCAACCUGGAGGAGUUCGCCAGCAAGCACAAGCAGGAGAUCCGGAAGAACCCCGAGUUCCGUGUGCAGUUCCAGGACAUGUGCGCCACCAUCGGGGUGGACCCCCUGGCCUCUGGGAAAGGCUUCUGGUCAGAGAUGCUGGGCGUGGGCGACUUCUACUAUGAGCUGGGCGUGCAGAUCAUCGAAGUGUGCCUGGCACUGCGGCACCGCAACGGAGGGCUGAUAAUGCUGGAGGAGCUGCACCAGCAGGUGUUAAAGGGCCGGGGCAAGUUUGCACAGGAUGUCAGCCAAGACGACCUCAUCAGGGCCAUCAAGAAGCUCAAGGCACUGGGCACAGGCUUCGGCAUCAUCCCGGUGGGCGGCACCUACCUCAUCCAGUCCGUGCCUGCCGAGCUCAACAUGGACCACACUGUGGUGCUGCAGCUGGCGGAGAAAAACGGGUACGUGACAGUCAGUGAGAUCCAGGCCAGCCUCCGGUGGGAGAAGGAACGCGCACGCCAGGUGCUGGAGCACCUGCUCAAGGAGGGGCUGGCCUGGCUGGACCUGCAGGCUGCCGGCGAGGCACACUACUGGCUGCCCGCGCUCUUCACGGACCUCUACUCGCAGGAGAUCACGGCCGAGGAGGCCCGCGAGGCGCUGCCCUGACCCUGGCCUCCCUCCCGUGGGGUGAGGCCCGGACACACUUGUUUAUAGAAAAUAAAGUUGCAAGUUUUUCUUUCUCG